UUUAGGAGUUGGGUCUUCAUUCUCAUCAUCUGCUCUAGUUGAUGUUGUAGUCGUAGAGGAAAUUCUCUGCAAGAUCGACAUCUGAUCUUUUAGAAUUUAGAUGGAACCCACCUAGGUUAUUUAGGCACCUAACAAUAAGAAGGGAAGAAUCAAAACAAGUCUACAUCUAAUUUUCCUUCUUCCUUUUCUUAUUUGGUAUCAAACCCUAAUUAAUAAUGUCUCUUCCUUUUUCUCAUCGUCUGUAAUAAGCUACAAAGCUAGAGCCAGAGAGGGAAGUAGGAACGAUGCAAGGAGAGGGAUGUGAGAAUAAUGAUGGUUUGAAGGAAAACCCCUCCAACAAGAGCGAGGACGAGGAGGGUGAUGAUGAGGUUAUGCCUAAAACCAGUGCGAGCUCAAGCAACAGCACCGUUGAGGAGAGUGAGAAGAAGCCGAGCUCUGGUGAAGGUAAGAUGAGACAGUAUAUAAGGUCCAAGAUGCCGAGGCUACGUUGGACGCCGGAGCUCCAUCUUUGUUUUGUUCAGGCUGUAGAAAGACUUGGAGGCCAAGAUAGAGCAACGCCUAAACUAGUUCUUCAACUGAUGAACAUAAAAGGCCUUAGUAUUUCACAUGUCAAGAGCCAUUUACAGAUGUACAGGAGCAAGAAGACGGAUGACCCAGGCCAAGUGCUAAACGACAAUGAAUACCUUUUGGAGAAUUGGAAUCACCACAUUUAUAACAACCCUUGUCGACUUCCCAUGCUGCCAAGUCUGAAUCCAAGGUUUAGCUCCAAUAUCAGAUAUCCUGAUGUUCUUCGGACGACUGGACAUGGGAACUGGUUCCCUAGCUCCUACAUGGGCGGUGAAGCAAUUGCUAGAGGCAGACCAGGAUUCUAUGGUUCAGUAACUGAAAGGGUAUUCGGCGGCAGCGGCUGUAAGACGUCCAACAGUGAUUUCUACAUGGACAAAGUUAAUUUCACUGAACAAAGUAGGAGAAGAGCACAUGAGUACCCAGACGAUUACAAAAUUCCAUAUGAUCGUGAAUCAUAUCAGACCCAGACUAGACCAAGUUUAGUGUUAGAAGAGAGAAGCGCGAUAAAAAGGAAGGCUGCAGAUUGUGACGUUGAUUUGAAUCUUUCGCUGGAUCUGCCAUCAAGACAACGGAAAAAGUGGGUAAAGGGUUGGGACGAAGAGGAAAAAGUAGAUGACAACCUAUGUCUUUCUUUGCUUUCUCCAUCUGCAGAGAUGGAAAAAAAUUCUAGUAGUGUAGACCAAGAACCGGCCACCAAGGUUUUCUGGUUGAAGGGAGGUGAUAGUAACAAGGAAUCAGAAAGGCCAAGUACCCUGGAUCUGACUUUAUGAAUAAAAUGCAUUCUAGUGAGAUCCUGAAGGUACUUGUCCGAGAGAUCAAUUUGAGAUAUAUAUAUAUAUAUAUAUAUCAUUGCUGUGUACUAUCCAGAGACAGAUGCAAUUAAUAACCAAACUUGUUUUUAGUUUUAAAUC